AUGAAAUCAACAUGUGUUGUAACUGAUGAAAAUUGUGACACUUUCCAAGCCAAUUCUGAUAACACAGAAGUGAAGUGUGUGGUUUGUAAAGAUCGGUAUUAUCUUACAGAUGAUUUUAAAUGUUCAAAGUGCUCAGACUCGUGUUCCACCAAAUGUCUUAAUGCUCCAAAUAAUUGCGAACAAACAAACUGUAAUGAUUUUGUGUGUAUGAGGUGUUCUACAAAAGAUAAGUGUGACACUUGUUAUGGAUAUGAUCUCAAUAAAGUGAAUUCCAAAGGUACUUGUGGUUCUGUUGUAUGUGCAAAUUACCUGUUUGACUUAAAGUGUACAAGUUGCUUAAGUUAUUCAGAAGAAACAAUUCACCCAAAACCUUACUCUGAUCCAGAUUAUCGUCUUCCAAAAUAUUACAACAUGUAUCUCUCAGAUGAAAAUUUCGAAUGUACUCAAAGCUCGAAGAAUGAUGACAUGAAUUGGUUAUGGAUAACACUUGGGGUCGUUGGUGGAUUAUUAAUCAUUGCAAUUAUCAUUGUAGUGAUAAUAAUAAUAACAGUGAUUAUCAAGAAGAAAAAGAAUUCGGAGUAUCAAGAUAUUUCAAAGUAA